AAUGGAAAGAGGCGUGUACCUAGAUUGGGAACAAUUAUAUGCUGGUAUUGUUAAUAUACAUUGGGUAGGAUUUUUUUCAAACAGGAAGUUAUUGAGUCAUGUUUUACAAUAUGAAUGAACUCUGAAAACACAGCGAUUAUCAAAUUCUGUAUGAAUAUAGACCAAACAAUUGACAUUAAAACAGUUCAUUGUUCAUGCAGUAAUGACCGAAAAUUUGACAGGCUUUUUGGAGAUUCCAAUCUCGAAAUAUUGAAUCAACGAGGUUUGGAGUUCGUACUGAAUACUUUUCGAUAGCAUUUGCCUUCUUUAUAGUGUCUAUGGUUUGCGCUUAAUCAAGAAAAGCUCAAUCCGCCAAACUACCCCUCAUAUGUCUCAUCACAUCCUUUGCCGAAGUCCCGGGAUAGCUUGCACCGACAGAAAAUAUUCCACCACGAUCUCUUUACCUACAAACCUACGCCGUAAAUUAAAUUUAGCGAAUUACCUAACAUUUGCAAACUGUUACUAUUUGUCCAAUGUAUCAAAGCCUAUUUAAUAUCUUAAAUGUAUAUUUACCAUUAGAUCCAUCAUAAUCUUUCAACAUUACAUAUUUUAUCAUUUUAUCUUUUCAGUAGUGGCAAUGAAAAUGUAUAUAACGGUGUGGUAUUUAUAUAUUUUCUAUAUUUUGCGCUGUGAUCGUGGAUAGUGAAGUUUUUGUGGCAAGAUGAAAAGUGAACAAAGUGAUAAAAGCACUAUACUUCGAUACAACUAGUGUUACAAAAUAUAUACAAUUUACGUUAUAUUUACUUCAAAAGUAAAUAAGAUCUGGACCUAUGUGAUAAUCUUCCUAGUGAUGCUUUAGUGUAAAUAAAAAGAAAGAAAAAGUGUUAAAAAUGAGAAACGGUGAAAAGGGAGCAGAUUGGGAAAAGGAGAAACUGGACCCUGAUAGAUGGAGUCAGUCGCCGCCCAACCAGCAGUUUAACGUCAUCCGGAGGGUGUACCAGCAAGAUACACUGAACAAGGAUGCUGAUUACCAAGCCCCGGCUAGACCAUGGAGUUACCGGUGCAAGAAGGUCAUCAGUGGUUGUGGCUUCGGCGAUUGCCUCAUGCACUCCAUCCCACUGGUGCGAUGGCUGCCGAAGUACAAAGUUCGAGAGUACCUGUUGGGCGACCUGGUUGCCGGCGCCACCACAGCCGUUAUGCACAUACCACAAGGUAUGGCGUACGCGCUCCUAGCAGAGGUCCCACCUAUAGUGGGUCUGUACAUGGCUUUCUUCCCUAUACUAAUGUACGUCAUAUUCGGAAACUCGCCCCACGUCUCCAUGGGAACAUUCGCUGUGGCCUGUCUUAUGGCUGGCAAGGUAGUCUCCCAGCACGCGACACAUGCUGACGCACUACAUAUGAACAUGAACAUGACAAAUGCUACGACGACAGUGGUUGCCUUGGACACGAUACAAUACACGCCGAUACAAGUCGUGAGCGUCGUGAGCCUCACCGUUGGAAUGUUUCAGAUGAUGAUGUGGGUGUUCCGGCUGGGCGCCGUAUCCACACUGUUAUCCGAGCCGCUGGUCUCCGGAUUCACGACGGCUGCCUCCUUCUACGUAUUGGCCUCACAGCUCAAGGAUCUCUUCGGAGUCAGGCUCCCACCUCUACCUGGCAACUAUAAAGUCAUAUUGACGAUUGUAGAAGUUGUUAAGAGUUUACCGAAUCUCAACUGGGCCGCAUUUACGAUAUCUGUCAUCACCUGUUUCAUCAUCGCAUCAAAUAAUGAGUUACUGAAGCCGUGGGUGAGCAAGAGGUCGCGUGUGCCGGUGCCCAUAGAACUGCUGGCCAUUGUGAUCGGAACUCUAGCAUCUAAAUACGGCGGGCUUAAGGAGAAGUUUGGCAUCGGCCUUGUGGGAACCAUACCUACUGGUCUGCCGGUCCCCGAGAUCCCAGCGUUGGAGUUAGUCCCGAAGGUGGCGGUGGAGUCAUUCACCAUCACCAUGGUGACCUACACCAUAUCCAUGUCCAUGGCGCUCAUCUUCGCCGCCAAGGACAAGUAUGAGAUUGACCCUAACCAGGAACUGUUGGCGCUGGGUUCAAGCAACUUAUUCUCUUCGUUCUUCGGCUGUUCGCCCAUCUGUGCCAGUUUAACACGUUCAUAUAUACAAUAUCAGGUCGGCGCCAAGACCGGUAUAACAUCUCUGGUGAGCGCUACGCUGAUCCUGUUCGUGUUGCUGUGGAUCGGGCCCUUCUUCGAGGUCCUCCCGCGCUGUGUGCUCGCCUCCAUCAUCGUCGUGUCGCUCAAGGGCAUGUUCAUGCAGAUCAAGGAACUCUCCAAGUUCUGGAAGCUCAGUAAGCUGGACGCGAUGGUGUGGAUCGUGACCUUCUUCGUCACAGUCCUCAUCAACAUUGACAUCGGGUUGACAGCCGGUUUACUGGCGAGUGUGGGAGCUCUGUUCUGCAGGUCACAGAAACCUUACACCUGUCUGCUUGGAAGAGUAUUGGACACAGACCUCUACCUCGACAUUAAGCGAUACCGCGCUGCUGAAGAGUUACCGGGCAUCAAGAUCUUCCACUACUGCGGUGGGCUGAACUUCGCCAGUAAGAACCUGUUCCGCGCCACGCUGUUCCGGAAGAUAGGCUACCUGAAGACAGCUGAGGUCGUCCAUGACGAAGACAACAACCUCACCAAGAACGAGGCUUACGAGUGGGACCAUCAAAUUAGUAACAGGGUCCAGUGCGUGAUCAUCGACGCGACAGCUCUGUCGUACGUGGACGCGCCCGGCAUCAAGUCGCUGGUGGCGGUGCAGCGCGAGCUGGUCUCCAGCCACAUCACAGUACUACUGGCUGGAGCUAAUGCUCCAGUACUAGAAAUGAUAGAGAAAUUCAACCUUUUAGAAGCAGACAGACUACAACUGGACACGUUCCCGACUGUCCACGACGCUGUGGUAUACUACAACGUCUUGAAGUCCAGGAAACAUUCUGUUCCUAUCACUGUGACCUUAUCAUGAGGACAAGUAAAGACCUCAGAGAAGAAACCAGGUAUCUGGCUGUGGAAGUAUGUAACUAAAAAGGAAAGACAUUUGUAGCCUCGUUUUAAGUGUAUACGGAAACUGGAACACGUCACAUUUAAUAUAGAAACUCUAAGGACAUGUAAAGGGAACCAAAAGGUAUAUAGUAAUUAUGCGAUGGUUAAAAAUCAUAAAGUUCUAAAGCAUACGUGAUAUUCAUGUUCUUUACAGAAUUCUAAUGAUGGAUAACUAUUUAACAUCCCAGUGCUAAUAUUAAAUUAUUGUGUCUUCACUGUAUUAGCAAUAAUUACUGUAAUACUUUGAAAUCCCGGUGCGGUCGAGGAAUUUUCUUGGUGACUGUACGAAAACGUUAAAACGCGUUAAGAAAAUUUUACAGGGCUAGGAAAGAUAGUUAAAAUAGUACAAAUAUUAAAUUGAUUGAUUGAAAUACGCUUCCAGGUUUCGUCUAUAACUAAAAUAAAAUGGGGGCUUGUUUGGGGUCAUUAGUACUAGAAUUUGUCAUAUGGGGUCAUGAGUACCGCAUCGCGUCCAGUCUCAAUCUUCAUCCACUCUAGCUAAUUUUAUAUCGUUUUUUUAACCUGCUUUUUCCUAAUCGAAUAUUUUUUCUUAAAUCCCCUUGCGAUACAACGGUUCAACUAAGUUCUGUACAGUAUUAUAAUACUAAGAAAUAUGCAGGGUAAAUAGUGAAAUACAGGUAUUUAUUUAAGUAAAUAAAUAUGUAUAUAUAAUGAAGAGAAAUCAUUCAAUGUUUGGAAAUCUAUCUUGGGGCCUACUCUGCUUAAAGUAAGACGUUGAAGUGAGAGAGCUCACUACCUGAGGCAGUGUGGCAUCUCUUUUCCACAAUGGAGUAGGUUCGACCCCGAGAUUAGUUAAUUAACUAUAGUCUUUUAAUUUUAAUCAAAUGUAUUCAAAAUGUUGAAAACGAUUUCAUCAGUGUCACAAAACCAAAACUACUAGGUUUUUAUCGAAUAUUAGCUACGUGAUAAAAUAAUAAUCUUCAUUGUAAUUGUUUUAAAUAAUUUUGUUAUUACUUCAAAGAAGUUUCAUAGUUCAAAAUGCGCUUUUAUUUAUCUUUAAGUUUAGUAAUCAUACUUCGUUUCAUUCUUGACGACCAUUUUGAAAAACAGUUUCUAACUAUUUUAGAGUUCUAGACCCCCAUUAUUUGGGGUCAUAAGUACUUAAACCUGCCAGUUGCAAUAAUUAAUGUUACUUACCGCCGUAUUCACCGUCACUUAUACAUGUCGAAAUUAAGUGUCAGUCUGUCUAUACAAUUAGCAUAUACGUUCUAAAAUGGACAAGUCUUACUCUGUGCGACGUACCCUGGGGUCGAUCCCCGCGUACGACAAACAUUUCUGUGAUCCACGAAUGCUUGUCCUGUGUCUGGGUGUCUUGUAUGUAUAUACCCUCGUGAUGCAAGGAAAUACGUGCUUGAUAAGAGAGUCCUUUAAUUAAGAAACAAACUAUUUUUCUCUAUAGCACUUGACACUUAAGAAAGCCAUAAAAAAGUGAACUUUGUGAAUACAGCUAACAGAUUAUUUGAUCAAUAAAUGUGAUUUAAAAGUUACUCAAGUUUUUUAUAAUAAACUGUAAAUAUUAUAAACGUGCCAUUUUUAUUGAUCAAAUAUCUUAAGAAAUUAUGAAGUACUUAAUAGUACUUAAUUAACUAUUUUAUUAAGACAACGCUCAUUUGGAUCAAGAUUUAUUGUUUUUUAUUGAUCUUAUAUUAUUGUACAAUUUCUAGUGUCAUAUAUUUUUAUUAUUUUUAAUUGACUUGCAAUAAACUGUUGAAUGUGAUUAACUAUUGAGUCGGCUAAUUUAAAAUGACCUGUCUGGCGUUGGGCGACUAAUGUUGGAAAGAGAUGCAAGUAUUUAUAAAGUUUAGUGUUAGAAAGAAAGCAAUGGCUUACAGCGCUAUUCAGAUAGGUCAAGUUAUUUUCGUCGAAACAUUAUAGAUAUAAAUUAUUUAUGUGUUGUGGCCUUUUAAUUAUAAUCUAAUAUUUC